UUAGAAAAAAGAAGAAAAAUCAGAGCAAAAAGAAAAUGGGGAAGUCGUCGACUGUGAAGCAAGCGGCGGUAGUUGUAGGGGCACUGGCUUUUGGGUGGAUGGCUAUAGAGAUGGUGUUUAAGCCUUUAUUGGACAAGGCUCGCGCCGCCAUGGACAAGACCGACCCUGAUUGCGAUCCCGAUGAUGUUACUGCCGCGAGCAGUGAUGAUUCCGGUGUUCAAAACGACGUCGGUGAGGGAAACGACGAUUCUGAUCGGAAACCUGUCUCUUAUGCUGAUGCCGUCGCCAAGAACGCUGCAGGUGCAAGUUAGGAAGUAGACAUGAGAGAUUUGAGUCUAAUCCAUGAAAGUAGUUUACUUUUGUUAUGGUUAACUGGGGAUAAUUUAUUUUUCAUUUCCUGCUGUUUUCUAGCUUAGGCUUAAGAAUGAAGAUAUUUGAAUAAAUGUCAGAGAAUAGUUGAUUGCUGC